AUGGAGAUACAAGUGCGCUAUGUGUUCUUACUUUUGGCUUUAUACAUUUGCGUUAAAUAUGCUGACAGCGCAUGUCUAAAUGGUUACUGGGGAACUGACUGUAAGGAAGUGUGUGAGGUAAAUUGCAAUUGGUGUGAUGAGGCAACUGGAGUAUGUGGUUCUUGUAGAACCGGCUAUUGGGGUGACUACUGUAAUACAAAUUGUCCAGAAAACUGUAAGUCUUCCUAUUGCCGCAAAUAUGACGGAAGUUGUUACUCUUGUUCUGAUGGUUGGUAUGGAACAACGUGCAAUAAUUCGUGUAAUAUAAAUUGCAAGAACUGUCAUAAAACGACUGGCGCAUGCACAAUAUGUCAUGUUGGAAGGUGGGGGGAAUUCUGUAACUUCACAUGCGCUCCAAACUGCAAAAUAUGUGACAAAUUAGCAGGUGGGUGUGAGACAUGUAAAAACGGAUACUGGAAUAUUUCUUGUGACAAAAGAUGUUCUGCGUCGAAUUGUGAUAUUUGUAGUAUCACAUCAGGAGAAUGUCAGACGUGUAAAUCGGGUUUUUGGGGAGAAAACUGUCAGAAAACAUGUGGAAAGUGUAGUUCAGAUAAGUGCAGUAAAACUGAUGGACGAUGUACAUCAUGUCAAAAUGGAUUUUGGGGCGAAUUUUGUCAGAAUACUUGCGGUCAAGGUUGUUCAAUUUCAACGUGCAGAGAAAAUGAUGGGUAUUGCAGUACUUGCAAAAGCGGUUAUUGGGGAGAUAAUUGUAACAAAACCUGCAUGUACAACUGUUCCUCGUCAAGCUGUAGUAGAUCAAACGGACAAUGUAGUACUUGCAGCUCCGGACUCUGGGGUUUAUCAUGUAAUGAAACAUGUAGCCAUGGUUGUUGGAACUUAAUGUGUAAUAGGAACGAUGGGGAGUGCAGCAGUUGCAAAAAUGGAUUUUGGGGCGAAUUUUGUCAGAAAACUUGCGGUCAAGGUUGUUUAAUUCUAACGUGUAGAAAAAAUGAUGGAUAUUGCAGUACUUGCAAAAGCGGUUAUUGGGGAGAUAAUUGUAACAAAACCUGCAUGUACAACUGUUCCUCUUCAGGCUGUAUUAGAUCAAACGGACACUGUAGCACUUGCAACUCUGGAUUUUGGGGUUUAUCAUGU